CAUUUAGUCCAAAGGUCAGCGACCGGUAGAGCGAACAGAAUUACCGUUACAUUUACAUUAUAACAUUCUCUGUUUGAACGACCUACAAACCACCUACCAUUGACCUACAAACGACCUGUUUUGUUCCGACCCGAACAUCCUUAUCUUUGGACAUCUCUAUAUAGGACAUGGGUUGGAAGAUCACCACCUUCAUCGUCUUGGUUGCCGUGGCAACCGGACUCUUCCUCAGUGGAGUCCUCAAGACGCCACCGGAACCGCUCAAGUUCCAAGACAACUACUGGGGGAGGGGGGCAAAACCUUCAUCCGAACCAAAAGAUCACGACAAGAUUCACGAAAUCUCUGUAAACGUGCCGAACGCCACUCUAAUAGAUCUCAAAAACCGUUUGCAAAACGUACGCUUGUUCGAAGCUCUUGAAAAUGUGGAGUUUCAAUAUGGCUUCCGUCUCGACUACAUGAAAGACCUUGUCACCUAUUGGAGGGACAAGUAUGAUUGGCGAAAACAAGAGGCAUACUUAAACACGUUUCCCCAUUAUAAAACAAACAUUGAGGGAAUUGAUCUACACUUCAUUCACGUUAAGCCCAAACUAAAGCAAGGGCAAACUGCUAAGCCCCUCAUGAUCGUUCACGGUUGGCCAGGCUCGGUGUUUGAGUUUUAUAAGAUCAUCCUAAUGUUGGUAGAUCCCACUAGUCAUGGGGGGAGUGAGGAUGAUGUGUUUGAGGUCAUUGCCCCCUCCAUCCCUGGUUAUGGCUUCUCUGAGAUGCCUCACAAGAAAGGUUUUGACCAGAUUGCUGUUGCCCAGAUGUUCCUGAAGCUGAUGGAGAGGCUGGGGUUUGAGAGGUUCUAUGUACAGGGAGGAGACUGGGGUGCUCUUAUUACACGUAUUAUGGCUCUAUUAAAACCAAGUGUGAUAACAGGACUGCACAACAACAUGAUUAUCUCUGACGCCGGUAACCCUGUGUCGCUGGUCCGUACGAUGGUAGGCAGUGUGUUCCCUUCGGUGGUGGGGGUCAAACCCGAGGAAUAUGACCGGGUUUACCCCUACGGCAAGAAGAUUAUGCAAUUGCUACAGGAAACAGGAUACAUGCACAUCCAGGCAACUAAACCAGAUACUAUCGGCUUUGCCCUAAAUGACUCCCCUGUGGGUCUGGCCGCCUACAUCUUGGAGAAAUUCUCCACUUGGACAAACCCAGCAAACAAGGACUUGGCUGAUGGAGGGCUGGAGAAAUACUACACCAAGGAUGAGCUACUGACCAGUGUGAUGAUAUACUGGACAACUGGCACCAUCACUUCAUCCAUGAGGUUUUACAAGGAGGCGUUUGCUGGAAAAGCAUUGGAAACCAGGGGCAUGCAGGUAACCGUACCGACUGGAAUGGCGGCGUUCCCUCACGAACUAGGCCACAUCCCGGAGGCCUGGUGUGCCCCGUUCUACACUAAUCUCGUCCACUACACUCUCAUGUCGGACGGAGGGCACUUCGCUGCCUUCGAGAAGCCUGACUUACUGGCCGCGGACAUCCGAACUUUCGUCAAGAAGGUCGAAAGUCUUCAUACAUCCAAUUAAUGUACGCCAAACGUCAAGCCGCUAAACCUUUCUAAGAUCACGAAAGAAAAUAGCUGUUUGAAGUGGCCACAAAUUCCACCCAAAUUUCUUCGCAUUUACUGACAAAAAGAAAACAAUUCUCCUUCUAACAUCACAAAACCCCCACACAAUAGAAAAGGUGGGAUUUUUCGUCUUCCAUUGUCGUCGAAAAAAAGGAGUCGAACCCAAUAACCCAGGAUUUACAGAAUUCACUUUCACUAGUUUUAGACUAGAGUAGACACUUGUGGUAUUGUUUUUACACUGUUCGAAUCUCUUAUGUUACCUGCAAUUAGCCAACGGGCAAGAAUUUGAAAUUUGUAGGAAGUAAAACAUGCAUGCUACUUCACAUUAUACGAUUAAGCACCCACAUAGGUUUUCUCGUACUCUUGACCUACACACAGACCCUCACAACGGCACACCCGAAAACAUAACCUUCCUGACAAGGUGAAAACCUCAGAGGUAUUGGAGCUAGUAUGAGCGACCUCAUGCGACAUUAAGGGAAAUUGCAUCACUGUGAAAUAUACAAAAUGUUUUCAGUCAAGGUCAUCACGGCAAAGAUUGAAAAUGUCCCGCGGGCACUUGUACGAGCGACCUCAUGCGACAUUAAGAGCUAUUGCAGCACUGCGACUGCAUGUGUCCGUUUGGUCGAUUAAAAUCAGCAUUCAGGUCACGUAAUGUGUAGUGGUUUAUUGUUGUACCUUUAUUUUCUCAAGAUCAAAGCAAAGGAAAAAGUCAUUCUGAGGUAAUCAUGAACUCUGAACAAAACCAUUUUCCUCAUAAUUUUAUAUCAUUUACGUAUUGAUGCCGAUCAUUUCAAAUUUCGAAACAAAGUUAGAUACAAUGGUCCAAUCGUCUCGAGAACACCAAGUGUACACUGUAGCGGUACCGUCCCCUAAUAUGCACUAUAGAAACAAAACAAACAAACAAACACACAAACAAAGCAUUUUAUUCUCUUAAAGACCAAUAACUAUUCCCCCCGAUUAAUAUCUACUUGCGGUUUUUAUCUGAUGCCUUUACCGAAGAUCCCCUUCCAUCAUAACUUUCAACUUAUAAACUCUUGAAGACAAUAAAAGCAGUCAGAAGCGCCACCAUGCGAUAUAUACGUGCAAUGCAUGCAACGUGUCCCUGUCGUCUCUUACAUCGCCGAGAGGCUUACCAAAUCAAGCAAAGUUGAGAAAUGUCAGCACAUCAAGAAAGGAAAAUAAUUUCAUUAAUGAAGUCACGGCCUUAACUAUCCCUUCAUGCGACGAAAUAAUAAAUAUUGCAACAUGCAGCGAUGUGACAGAUCUCUGCAAAUGAACUUCAUUUCCAUCGGUCACGGUUAAACGGAACACAGGCGCCGGCUCGUGUGUCUAUGUGGGACUUCUCUCAAGCUCUCCGCACGAUUUGUAUAUCAAUAUUCUCAAUGUCAAGGCCGAGUAGAGGUAGGCUAGAUUUAUCAUCUGACUCUGCAGCUGGAAGAGAUGAUAGUUCCACUAUGGUCGUAAAUUCAAACCUUAUCUCAUUCUUCUUUCAAGCCAUUCCUUUCUAUGCUGCGCCGACGGUUGUUAAAGAUUUGGGUCUCUUAAACGUCAAAAACUGUUCCCCCGAUUUAUAUCUACAUGCGGUAUAAAUCUGAUGUCUUUACCGAAAGAUUCCUUUCCAUCAUAACGUUCAACUCAUAAACUAUCCAAGACAGUCAGUGCAGUCAGAAACUUCCUAUUGGCAGCAGCGCCGCCUUGUGAUACAUAGGUGAAAUGCAUGCAAUGUGUCCCAGUCGUCUCUUCCAUCGCCGAGAGGCUUACCAAAUCAAGCAAAGUUGAGAAAAGUCAGCACAUCACGAAAGGAAAAUAAUUUCAUUAAUGAAGUCACGGCCUUGACUAUCCCUUCUUGUGGUAAAGAAAUAAAUAUUGCAAAACAUAGCGAUGUGACAGAUCUCUGCAAAUGAACUUCAUUUCCCUCGGUCACGGUUAAAUGGAACACAGGCGCCGGCUCGUGUGUCUAUGUGGGACUUCUCUCAAGCUCUGCACGCGAUUUGUAUAUUAAUAUUCUCAAUGUCAAGGCCGAGUAGAGCUGUAGGCUAGAUUUAUCAUCUGACUCUGCAGCUGGAAGAGAUGAUAGUUCCACCAUGGCCGUAACUUCAGCCCUUAUCUCAUUCUUCUUUCAAGCUAUCAAUUCCUUUCUCCGCCGACGGAUGUUAUACAUUCGGGUAGAACAAAAGAAACAACGCAAGAAUGAUGAUACAUCUGAAUGGUCUGACACUAGAGAAUAUCUGCAGUUGCAUGGUUCAAUUUAUUACUUGUGCCGAGAGGGGUUAUGUUUUCGGUAGCGCUCAACUCUGUGUGUGAGUGUGUGUGUGUGUGUGUG